AUGUCUCAAUUCAUCGAUCAUCCCUUCUUCCCGCGCGCCAUAUACUCUCGCGACUUCCAACAAUGCAUCUCAUGCGAUUCAACAGCACCGUCAUGCCCCGUCUGCGAUGAGGGUUACACAUGUACGAUGAUCAGUCAAUCGUGUAGCCAAUGCGCCACUACCAAAUGUGUUCAGACGUCCACUUCCGGCAGCAGCUCCGGCAACUCGUCAGACGGAGGCGGUAGCAAUGUGGGCGCUAUUGCAGGAGGAGUCAUUGGUGGGGUCGCUUUCAUUGCUAUUGUCACAUUUCUGAUCUGGUUUUUCUUCGUUCGCAAGAAGCGGAGUGAAUACGAUCAGCAAGGUGGUGACACUGCAGAAAAGAGAAGCGCAUUCGGAGACGCUCGUCAGUCUCGGAAAUCGACCAACUCGAUUGCCUCGACAGUCUUGACUCGCGCAUCAAAUGUCAUUCAGAUAGCCUAUAUCCCCGGUGUCACCAACCGAUCACCGCCAGAAACCCCGGGCUCACUGGUGCCGCCGGUCCCGCCUCUUCCUGGCGCCUCCCCGGACCAGCACUUCUUUAUGCCAGGCGACUUGCGCGACUCGGCCUGGUCCGAUGUCUCGCAGGCUCAUCGCAGCUUUUCUCCUAGCUUGCGCAGCAGCGUUGCCACCACCAUCUACCGCAACAACGCCAUCGUCAGCCCGAUGCCUGCCCAGCAGGUCAUGCGCACUCGGGCUGCUGUUGUUAGCAUCCAUAACGGAAACCAGCCUUCAUCCGCACCAGAAACGCCAGCUGUUCCCGCCAUUACCAAAGCACAGCUUGCGAAGGCGGCAUUUACAGAAGCCAACACCAAGAGCUCGAUUGUCGCGCGGACAGUCACCGCCAAACCUGUCAUGGUGAAGGCCACCGGCGCCAAAAAGACCACAAACACACCGACUGUUCAAGCCAUCGAGGAACAGACAGAGUCUAGCUCGUCUAGCACGAGCGACGCACGCUCCAGCAGCACAGCAAAGCCCAAAUUCGAUGCUACGACCUCCACUUUUGAUGCCAGUUCGUCAGACGAUGAGAACGACGACAAGACAUCUCACCACAAGGACAGCGCGGGGCAGACUCCGCGUGCCAGAUCCUCUCACGCCCCAACGGUGAUUGAAGAUUCACCUGCAGUCGAUCAAAGUCCCUUCAAGGACCAACAUGCCUCUCAGAACGAGGCGCGGUCGUCGGCCUUUCUGGAUACGAAUGACGGAUCCAGGUCAAACAGAAGCAGCCGAGUACCACCUCCACGAGUCGAGAGUCCUUUCUCAGACGCGAAUGAGGUGAAAUGA